GCGAACGCCGGGCAGGGCGGCGGGCGCGCUCAGUCUGGCGGCGGCGGCCGUGCGCGGACGGACGUGCCAGGAGCGCCGCAGCCGCCCGCGCCCCCCGCAGCAGAGCAGAGCCGCGCCGCUCAGGCCGCGCCCGCCCGCCCGCCAUGGUGUCAUGGAUCAUCUCCAGGCUGGUGGUGCUUAUAUUUGGCACCCUUUACCCUGCGUAUUAUUCCUACAAGGCUGUGAAAUCAAAGGACAUUAAGGAAUAUGUCAAAUGGAUGAUGUACUGGAUUAUAUUUGCACUUUUUACCACAGCAGAGACAUUCACAGACAUCUUCCUUUGUUGGUUUCCAUUUUAUUAUGAACUAAAAAUAGCAUUUGUAGCCUGGCUGCUGUCUCCCUACACAAAAGGCUCCAGCCUCCUAUACAGGAAGUUUGUACAUCCCACACUAUCUUCAAAAGAAAAGGAAAUCGAUGAUUGUCUGGUCCAAGCAAAAGACCGAAGUUAUGACGCCCUUGUGCACUUCGGGAAGCGAGGCUUGAAUGUGGCGGCCACAGCGGCUGUGAUGGCAGCUUCCAAGGGACAAGGUGCCUUAUCGGAGAGACUACGGAGCUUCAGCAUGCAGGACCUCACCACCAUCAGGGGAGACGGCACCCCUGCUCCUUCAGGCCCCCCACCACCAGGGUCUGGGCGGGCCAGUGGAAAACAUGGCCAGCCCAAGAUGUCCAGGAGUGCUUCUGAGAGCGCUAGCAGCUCAGUGUGUACCUGCUGCUCCACCUGCAGGACCCGGAAAGUGGUUGAGGGAGAUGUGAAUGAGGGUGGUGUGAAGGCAUGGGAGCCCCACCAGGUCCAAAACCCAUUGGCGUUUUCUGACGAGGAGGAGGAAGACCUGCUGGAUUUCAUGUACAAGUAUAAAGCACCUCGAAGGACGGACUUGCUCCUGGAGGCGGAAACAAGAAAGAUGUGUCAUUCUGCACAACCAUUCCCUUGGGAGAUCGAGGAGCAUAAUUUAAGAGGGAGGCAUCAGCCUCUCAAAAUGGCACCGCCUAGAAUUCUUCGAUCUCGCUUCAGGAAGAAAAGUACCUCAUCCUCGGCCACCGAAACCACGUGAGUGAGAGAGCCAACUGCACCGGAUCCACAGAAUGUUUCUUCUCUGCCUUAAAGAGCUAUUCACUAAUAACAAAAAUCCGCAAGCUGGAUGUGCUUUGUGCGUGCAGCCUCACAAACAUGGCCUUUUAUCUCUCCCCUUCCACUUUUAAGGAUUUUUUCCCCCUUUUCUUUAUUUUCCUAGGGAGAGGCUAAAGGGAAAGGUAGUAGGCGCAGGGGUGGUGACCUUUAAGUCUUCUGAGGUUGAUAAUUUUCCACAGUUGGAUUGUCAUAGACAGCAGUGUGUUUUUUUAGAAAGAUAAGAGAAUCACCCCUAUGCUGCUGAGAUGUACAUUUGUAAUCUAUCUGUUGCAUACUUAGUUUUUAGUCCUGUAAAUGCAAACAAAGCAUUUUUUAAACCUUCUUUGUUCUUGGUACUAAUACUUUGAACUGAUGUACAUAUUUAUGGCUUUUGGCUUAAUAUGAUGGACUUGCAAGGGCUGCCAGAGGUUCUGAUAUGUAAGAAAACUACAAAAACAGAGAUAUUAAAAAAAAUCUUGAUUCUAGAGAACAAAUCAGAUGUGCUUAUAAAGUUUCCAAAUACAGCUCCAGUAAGACAUCCCUUUCCCUGCAGGAAUGCGAUCUAUAUUCUUUAGAUAGCUGUUUAGUCAAAAGACCAGACAAGUUAUGAAUGAAGAAAAACAAUAUUUCACAACACAGUAGAAUGUGAUGAGAGGUCAGGGGAACAUCCUAGGAUAAGAGAAGAGUCGCAGGAAGCUCAUCUCCUCCCUGGAGUCUGGAUUAGGACCUUCUGAAUCUUUUCCAAGGGCAGGUAGCUUGCCCUUGGCCCAAUUUCUUGAGGAUGAGAACAUGUAGAGCUGUUGGAGUAAUUCUGUGCUUGACAAAGGAUGAUUCUCCUUUAUCAUGACCAGUGCUGCUGCUGAUUUCCCCAGAGGAGUUUACACUCUGAGCACCUUGUUUUAGCAAACUCUGGUGAACCUUGUUUAGCUUAGCAAAAACACACACAAAAAAACCUGAGAACUGUGCUGUUUCGGAUAAGCCAUAACAUACAUCUGAAACACAUGGGUAACAGUCAAAAUGGUGGGCUCUAGAAUGGUUUUAGAGGUUGAGAUCUUUAUGAGUUACACAUGCUGGUCAGACCCAUGAGCACCUGUGGCUCACACCUUCUGUUCCCUUCCUGGCCUGUGCAGAAUGGAAACAGCAGACUCACACUCAUGGGCACUCUAGGCCUUAUCAGACAUUUUAUACAAGCCUGGACUGCUUAGUAAGGGAAUAGAGCACUCUCUGAUAGGACUUUCCACUUAGAUUGAGAAUUUUAUUUGAAAAGAAUCUGGUUUAAAUGGCAUUGUGGUCCCAGGUAGCUGCUCUCCCCACUGAGAGCUGAGCUGCAAUGUAAGAAUAGAAUAUUUGUGCUUAGAGUUGGUGUUUUCUUUCAGUGUAAUGCAUGCAGUGGUCACAACCCAGUUACUCAUAAUAUUUGGAUUGUAUUUGUUCGUAGAUAUGCCCAGAAGACAGACUAGAGAAUUAGUGUUAUAUACCAUAUAGAACUGUCAACCAACUAUAAACAGGCCCAAUUAAAAACUGUUCCAUUACUGAGCUACGCAAACACACAUUAGAGGCCUUUGCUGAUGACACAUUAGCUGGAUCUUAGCCACCCCAGAAAGGGUUUGAUUUGAAGCUGACUGUUGCCAGAGAUGCAUAUUGGAAUCCAGUCUACCCAUAGUUCCUCUGAAGGUGAUUUUGUAAUCUACAAAAGGGUAUAGGAAAAUACACCUAAAAGCAAAUUUGUGGCUGAGAGGAUAAAUAGAGGCUGUUUGCACAUCUUCUGUGCCCCACACCCACCAAUACCUAAAUCUGUUAAGGAAGACAGAAAAUGUUUUCUUCGUGCUCAAUAAGCAGUUCCAGACAGAAUAAUACUCUUUAAAAUAUAUUUACCUGUUAGUUGGAAGUACGCAGAAUUAUCAGAAACAAUUGCAAAAAAAAAAGCUUACAUAGCUUCUUAGCAAUUUUUUUUUUUUUUUUGCCAAACAGUAAAUUGCCUUUAGCAGCAGUUUAAAAUGUUAUUGUGAACAAGCUAUAUUUUCACCACUUUACAAUGGAAAGUUGUGACAACUACAGGUUAUCAAAUUUGCACUAAACUAUGCCAAAAAAGUUUGAAGCGCUCUAUUCUCAGACAUGCUGUAUUACUUCUCAUUCAAAAUUGAAAAAUAUAAAGGUAUCCAAACUGCUGUCUUAAUGUAAAUGUAACUAGUUUUCCUUCAAGUGUUGACUAGGGAGUCAGUUUCUCUCUUAAAGACACUCACUGUACAACUGAGAGCAGCUGUCAUAUUUCUGGCAAAAUGUGUUUACGUAUCUGACAAGCUGUACAUUUGUGUAUGGACUGACAUAAAAUGUGAAAGCCUGUAAGUGUACAUGUAGCGGUGUGGUGUUCUGUCAUGAGGAUACAGCUGAAUGUUCUUAGCUUGCUGACUUACAGACACAGGCUGUUUACAAAAUACUAGCUGGAAAGUCUGUAAUGUUCAUGUCCUAACUUUUAGUUAAUUGCCAUUGAGCACCUGUUCUGAGGAGGUGAGAUGUGGACUUGUGCUUAUGAACUGGAGUUUAGUCAUAAUCCCUCCUGGCUGUGUGAAUAGCUUGCUCACUCUGCUGGCCGUUGAAAUGUAUGUUCUCCGUGAUAAGCUGUCCAUGUGUUUGUGAUAAGAAUGCUUGUCAACCAUGACCAUCUUUGAGCCUUCCUAGUCCUCCACCUGGCACAGUAUUUGAAAUGGCAAAGGAUGUGCUUCAUCCUCUAACAGCGUACACUCCCAGAGCUGAUAUUCUGGAUUGUGACUGUGCACAUUUCCUCUAGUUCAUUUCUGUAGUCCCUAUAGAACGAUCUGUAAUAAAAUAGUAUACUGGACUGUGCAUCAAAGGGAUGUAAAAUUACAGUAUUCCAAAGGUUGAAGUUCUGCUGUUUUGUUAUAAUGCCUGAUACACAUCUUGAAUAAAGUCUUAACAUUUUUCUUUUAAAAAAA